GGACGAUCCUUCACGAGAGCACGGGACUACGACGCCACUGGCUCGCAAACACGCUUCGUGCAGUGUCCCGAGGGAGAAUUGCAAAAGCGUAAGGAAGUGGUGCAUACCGUGACUCUACACGAGAUUGACGUGAUAAACAGCAGGACUCACGGAUUCUUGGCGUUGUUCUCCGGGGACACCGGCGAGAUCAAGUCGGAAGUGAGGGAUCAGAUCAACGCCAAGGUCGCGGAGUGGCGGGAAGAGGGCAAGGCGGAGAUCGUGCCGGGUGUGCUUUUCAUCGACGAGGUGCAUAUGCUGGACAUCGAGUGUUUUUCGUUCCUCAAUCGAGCGUUGGAAAAUGAAAUGGCCCCUGUUGUGAUCAUGGCGACUAACAGAGGUAUCACGAGAAUUAGAGGGACAAAUUACAAAAGUCCCCACGGUAUUCCGAUCGACCUGCUGGAUCGUAUGAUCAUCGUCCCAACCAGCCCGUACCAAGAGAAGGAACUGAAGGAGAUCCUGAAGAUCAGAUGCGAAGAGGAAGACUGCGAGAUGGCGGACGACGCUCUGACCGUGCUGACGAGGAUCGCUCUGGAAACUUCG